GAUUUAUCCUUGAUUUAUUGGAUUGCAUCAUUCGUAAGGCUAAAGAAUGUGCUUUUGAUGUCCCGGUGCAUUCGACGUCCUGAUUCUUGUACAUGACUAUGAUUCAUUCGCACGUACAUCCUGUCGACACCCAGAUGGAGUAGCAAGCAGUGCUGAUAUCGACCGAACUAAGACGGACAACGCUGUCUGAUUUAACCAGUCAUUCCUUCGAGUGGACAGUCCAUAUACACAGAAAAUCGUGAGAAAUAUCGACGAAGAUAGGUUCCAAAGAACGUGACCCUACCAGUCCGUCACCAAUGGCAUCCCUACAAGAAGCAUUGCAAUGCCUCUCUCCCACAACAUGGGACAGCAUCCCUACAGACCCGGCAAAACUACGAGACUACAUCAAUGACAUCUCCUCGAAAGCACGCCUGAUCGUCGACUCCGUACCAGACUCCCCCGCCGCAUCGCGCAUCACCCCCUCCCAGGCCCGCACAGGCUCCACAGAUCCCAAACUCGCAUCCCUCCAGCGCGAAUGGGGCAAGCCCCUCAAGGUCGCCGGGUCCAAGGAGAAUCCGCUCGAGAUCCCCAUCUACAAAGUGCAAGGCGCCGAUGGCAAGGGCCACUGGUUUGGGCGCCGGAGCGUGCACAAAGGGCUUCCCUUUUCGACGUGGAAGAGGAAGCUGGCGAGUGAGAUGGACGAGACGCUUGAGGCGAACCAGGCGCGGAUACGGAAGGGGCGCGUCGCGGACCAGGCGGUGCGGGGGAUCGGGGCGGAGCGACUGAUUGAGCGGGUCAAGGUGAAGGACGAGCAGGGGGAGCAGGAUCUAGGCACUGUAAAUGUUUAUCAUGUCUCCGCACAGUUCCCGAAGCCGACCACACCGCGGGACUUCGUGACGCUUAUCAUUAACUGGGAGACGGAGGUGAAUGGGGGCAGUGAGGGUGCUGGCGCGGGCGCGGGCGCAGAGGCUCAGCGCCGCGGCCGCAAUUGGAUGAUGGUGUCCAAGCCAUGUGAGCAUCCGGAUGCGCCGCCGAGGCAGGGAUAUAUUCGAGGUCAAUAUGAGUCUGUGGAGUUCAUCCGGGAAAUCCCAGUCAACAAGCCUUCGGUGCAGCACGUGCCGCUUGAAACGGCUGUAUCGCCGGCCAGGAGCGAGGACAAUCUGCUUCGACAAGGUAGCUCUGCGGAUCCAGCUGCGCAGAAAGAGGCUACUGGAAGCAAAGCCGGUCGACGGAGAGGAAAGACGGAAUCGGCGGUUCUGGAGAAACGGGAUGAGACAACCAAGCAUAUCGAUGACCUUGGCCGGGACGACGAAGAAGAUCCAUGGCCAGUGGAAUGGAUAAUGGUGACCAGGAGUGAUCCGGGCGGUAAUAUUCCUCGUUGGAUGGUGGAGAAGGGGACUCCCAAGAGUAUCUGCACCGACGCCGUCAAGUUUGUCGAUUGGGCUUGUCGUGAUACGACCACACGAGCCAAGGACGAGCGCGACAGCCACGGACGAGAGUCUUCAGAGAAAACGGUAAAUAGCCCGUCGCUGGACGGCGACGAAGAAAGUGCCGACUCGGACGACCUGGAAUAUGAAGAAGAAGAACACCAUGGCCUGAUUGCAAGUUUCGCGUAUCUUCUCAACGCAGGGCUGGAGCGAUAUGCGCCUAAGGCCGUCCUGGACUAUCUACCGCACAGUCCACACCGUACACGCGAAUCCUCAGCCCAGUACAGUUCCGCUGAUGACACCGAUGAGCCCAGUGAGAAAGAAACCCCAUCGAACGUUGGCGCGGCGAAUGCCAAGGGUGGCACAGAAGGUCUCGAAAAAGAUGCCAGUACCAACGCCGCCGAUGCUGCGUCACAAACCUCGCAGCCAAUCCCAACAACCAACUCGGUGCCUACGACUCCCCUCUCGGAACUCGCCCACGACAGCAUCUCUCCGGUGGAUGUGAUCAAGAUGAACAAAAAGGGCAAGCUUUCCUCUCACGAGAAGCAGCUCGCCAAGCUUGCACAGCGGAAACGCGAGGUCGAAGCUCAACUGGAGACCAUCCGGAACGAGAUCCAAUCACUCCAACUCGGUUCCUCACCCGAAGUGGAUACCAAGAAGGCUCGAGCUGCUGCCGCUGCUGCUGAUUCUGGCGCAAGCGACCAAGCCAGCAGCAGCGCUGCCAGUACCGAUCUAAAGCAGGGCGCAAUUGAAGGCGCUUCUUCUUCAAGCAACAGCCACCAUAAGCAUAAGACUAACAUCGAAUCAGCGCACAUGCACAAGGUCGCAUCCAGCUUAUUCCAGCAGGAAUCGAAACUCCUUAAGCAGCUCGGGAAAAUUGAAAAGCACCAGCUCAAGGAAGCCUCGAAGAUAGAAGCGCAGCAGCGCAAGAACGCCGACCGCGAGGAGAAAACGCGGUCUAGGUCUGAGACGGAUGCUCUACGGCGGGAGGUAGAUAUGCUCAAGAAGGAGGUCGAGCGGCUGCGAUCAGAGAGGCAGAAAUGGCUAGAUCUGAUUGCGUCGCUGCAGGCUGAGAAUACCAGGUUAGUGGCACGGCAGGGUGGUCAUGGCGAGGGGUCAAUAGUUUAACCCUACGCCUAGCCUACUUGUGCAUCGGGGGAUCUAUGGACGUUUCAGUAUUUUGAUCACCACCGACGUAUAUCAUGGGACAUGUAAAUAAUAGCUCAAUGAUCAAAUUGUAUAUUCUAA